AUGGCUCCCGCAUGGCGUUUGUUGGCCGGCAAGACAGCUUGUAUCACCGGCGGCACAACUGGGAUCGGUCGUGCGAUCACUUUGGAGUACCUGCGCCAGGGUUGUAACGUCGCAGUCAACCACCUGGGACUUACCAAGGAUGAAUCGUUAAGGAAGAGCUUACAUGAAGAAGCGAAGGCGAUCCAAAAAGAAGGUCCAAAAGACAUUCCUGCCGGUCAGCUUAUAGACAUAGCCGGCGACAUUACUGAUCCGGCCACGGGUACGAACCUGGUGGCGGAAGCCGUAAGGAAAUGGGGUGCAUUGGACAUCUUCGUGGCCAACGCCGGAAUUUUCAAGGCCUGCGAAUUUUUGAAAAUUGAAAAGUCCUUCUUCGAUCAAUCAAUCAAUGUCAACGUCAACGGCGCCUUCUACACAUGCCAAGCAGCAGCACGGCAAAUGGUAAAACAGGGACGUGGUGGUUCGAUCAUCGGCGUUUCCUCCAUCAGCGCGCUCGUUGGAGGCGGGCUGCAAGUCCACUAUACACCAACUAAAGCGGCAGUCCUGUCCAUGAUGCAAUCGAUGGCGAUUGCGCUAGCAAAAGACAAUAUUCGCUGUAACGCACUGUUGCCGGGAACAAUACACACGCAAUUGGCCGAGGACGACAUGCAGAACGCAGAAAAGAAGAGUUAUCUCGAGAAGCGAAUCCCGAUGGGUAGAGUUGGCCGGCCUGAGGAUAUGGCAGGUCCAGCGGUGUUCCUAGCCAGCGAGGCGUUGAGCGGAUACAUGACGGGUUCCCAAGUGCUAGCGGACGGAGGCAUACUCUCCAUCGUUGAUCCAUCGUCAUCUCACAGCACGCAACAAGUUUUCUUCCCCAUCAUUUUCUCUCGUUUCAUUCUUAGCUUCGUUCUUCUACAUAGUAAUAUCCUUCACAUCUUGCUACACGGUACGGAGGAGGAAAGACGCUUCACCAGAGGCAGACUGUCUCGUGGGAAAGGGUUGCGAAAGACGACAGGUUGCGUAACAUGUCGUCGUCGUCGUGUCAAAUGCGACGAGCUCAAACCUAAGUGUGGUAGAUGCAUCAAGAGCAUGCAAGAAUGCUCAUACGCGCCACAUCCACCGCAGCAGCAUCAGCGCGGUAACAGUACCACUACUAAGAGUAUCUUAACGUCUUCCAAAAGCCCACCGCCGGUAGCAAUUGCAGAAUCAAGUAGUGUGCCUGCUACCGAAGAUAUCUUAACGUCACCGCAUGAUCAGGCCCAGUCCACGUACUGUGUUUUGACAGAGGUCCCCGAACAAACGUGGCGCGCGGUCAACACCAGCCCAUAUCCAAACGAAUCUUUUUCUACCCCUAUUAAUGAACCAGCACCCAAUACGCCCCUCGGGAUAGGUCCGACUUGGCUUCCAAAUAAAGAGCCCACCAUAACUCAACAUCUUUCUCCACAGCCGAGCCAUCUGAAGAGCACCCCGAUUAACGUUGACCGUUACGGGUCAGAGACAGGCACGGUCCGACAUGGUGUCGCUCCCUCGUUACCUGGCAGCCCGGAUCACUGUCGCCGAAGUCUUCCUGGUCCGUUAGCAGCACACACAGCUAUAUCGACGAAUUCAAAUAUCGAAACAGCCACAGCUAGGUGGCUCGAUCUCCUCAUCGUAGAUGCAGUAGCAGAUGAUGGCCUCUUACCUGAUUUUGAUUUCGAGGGCACGGGUGUCGAUAUCUUCGGGAACUCAAUUGUGCAUUCGCCCGCCUCUGACGUAAACCGAGGGGGCUCUUCCGACCAUUCCGAGAACUCCCACGCGUCGAACCCUUUCUUACAGGAGCGCUACAUUAAAUUGGGAGGGGAUCAGGUACUUGAAAAACAGGCUUGGCACUCCAAAGAGUCCCUCAAGCUGCUACCGCACGAGAAGCAACUUUUUCAGAGCUUCGUACGGCAUAUCAGUUGCUGGAUGGACUUCUUUGACCCCAAAAAACCUUUCGGGACGUUUGCUCCCAGAUUAGCUCUGCAUAACGUUGGCCUAAUGAACGCUAUUCUAUGCCUUACCGCACGAUACCUAUCCUUACAACCAGCCGCGACUCCCUGCGGCGUACCAAUAUCGCAGCUCCCAACUCAAAACGACGCGAUACAAUACUACUACAAGACGUUACACUAUAUCCAAAAAGCAAUGCAGUUUGAUACCUAUAAAACGAGUUUAGAACUUCUGUCGACGUCAUUGAUUGUAUCUACUUACGAGAUGCUCGACGGGUCAAGCGAAAAUUGGGAAAGGCAUUUGAAGGGGGUCUUCUGGAUACAACGAUCGCAAACCAUCCACGGCGACUCUAGAGGGUUAAGACAAGCCGUCUGGUGGGCGUGGCUAUGCCAAGAUGUGUGGGCUGCCUUUCGAGAGAAGCGGAAACCAUUCACAUUCUGGCGUCCGGUCCGAGGCCUAGAUGAACUAGACCCCUAUGAACUCGCUUCUAGAUCUGUGUAUUUCUUUGCGCAGGCUGUAGGGUUCUGUUCGAAGGAGGAGCGGGAAGAGGGAAAAGAUGACCUCCAGGCGAGACUCCACAGGGCCGAUAGCAUUCUGCAGAUGUUGGAGAAUUGGAGGGAACAUCUGACAGUCGAGUUUGAGCCCCUUCCCGCCCCGCCGGCACAGCCCGACACGGUUUUCCCGGCUGUCUGGAUUCAUCCUCCCUUAUUCGGAGUUGCGAUGCAGCUAUAUUAUUGCUCAAUAAUACUAGUUGCCCUCGAAAGGCCAUUGCUAGGUGGGAUAGGGGAUUACCUUGAACUCCGGAAGACACUAUCAAGAUGUGUCCAAAUAGUGUGUGGAAUCGCAAAGACGCAAGAGGAUUACGAGUCUAGCGUUAUGUCGUCGCAAUGUUUAUAUAUUGCCGGUCUAUCGGUUGAGAAUAAUAACGAGCGAGCCCAAGUAUUAGAUAUGCUGUCUAAAAGGCAACGACGAUGUGGUUGGCCCACUCGAUCCCUCGGCGAGGAUUUAUUAGCGAGUUGGAAGUUGUCUAAUCGAACUCAAUGA